AUCAAUCGACUAUUGUCAGGUUAACAUUUCAGUCUAAAAAAGCAUCAUCAGUCCACCAGCAGUUAAUUUUACAUUAGAGCCAUGUCAAUCCGAGAAAGACUGCUUGCAACUGUUUCGAAAUACAUUGCCGCGUACAACGAGUUCGAUCCAAGUGCUAUGAAGACCGUUCGCACACCAACCUGCCUUACUCAUGGAGUUGCACCGACCUGCAAGUUUACUCAGAGUAUGGAGGAACACACGAGACAUAUGAUGUUAUCGCGAGGAGUGUUUCGAUCAGUCAAUGCCAGCAUUGUGGACGACAACAUUACGGUUGUUGAUGAGGUGUCAAGACAAGUUGUCGUGAAGGUGAAAAUCAGGUGUGAAACGACGGUUGGACCCUACGAGAACGAAGCAAUGUUUAUAAUGGCUAUGAAUGAGGAGGGAGCUCUGGUGGAUGAGAUCUUUCAGUUCUUGGACACAGCCCGUUUUCGCCAGUUCCAGGGACGCCUCGAGGAGGCUCAAUAA